AUGGGUUUCGUCACUUGCUUAGAAAACCAGCCAGGACCUGCGAAGCUCCAGGAUUUCAUCUACCACCUGCGGGACCGCGCCAGACCCCGGCUCCGUCACCCAGAUAUCUCAGUGAGCCUGCUGACCCUUGUGGUCACUGCCUGUGGUCUCGCUCUGUUUGGCGUGUCUCUCUUUGUGUCUUGGAAACUCUGCUGGGUCCCGUGGCGAGAACGAGGCCUGUUCUCUGGUGGCAAAGACAACCAGGAGCCUCUCAACUACACGGACACGGAGACCAAUGAGCAGGAGAACAGCGAAGACUUCUUAGAGUCUCCCACUCCCUGCCCUGACUCCUCCAUGAGGAUCAGCCACACCUCCCCUGAUAUUCCCCUCUCCACCCAGACGGGGGUCCAGGAGAACUGUGCCCAUGGCAGCCGAGUGCAGCGUCAAGUUACAGAACCAACCUCGUCAGCUCGGCAUAAUUCAAUCCGAAGACAACUCAACCUGUCAAAUCCGGACUUCAAUAUCCAGCAGCUUCAAAAGCAGGAACAGUUGACUGGAAUUGGUAGAAUUAAACCAGAGUUAUAUAAGCAGAGGUCACUGGAUAAUGAUGAUGGGAGAAGGAGUAACAGCAAAGCAUGUGGGAAACUGAACUUCAUUUUGAAGUAUGACUGUGACUUAGAGCAGCUCAUAGUGAAGAUUCACAAAGCUGUCAAUUUGCCCGCCAAGGACUUUUCCGGGACUUCGGAUCCUUAUGUCAAGAUCUAUUUGCUUCCUGAUCGGAAAACCAAACACCAGACUAAAGUUCACAGAAAGACCCUGAACCCUGUGUUUGAUGAAGUGUUUUUAUUCCCAGUUCCUUACAAUGACCUUGAAGCACGAAAGCUUCACUUCUCUGUGUACGACUUUGACAGGUUCUCUCGCCACGACUUAAUCGGCCAGGUGGUGGUGGAUCACUUCUUAGACUUGGCCGAUUUCCCCAGGGAGUGCAUCCUUUGGAAGGAUAUCGAAUAUGUCACCAAUGACAACGUGGAUCUUGGAGAGCUGAUGUUUUCCCUCUGCUAUCUUCCAACGGCUGGCAGGCUGACCAUUACCAUUAUCAAAGCGAGGAAUUUGAAGGCAAUGGACAUCACAGGAGCAUCAGAUCCCUAUGUGAAAGUCUCACUGAUGUGUGAUGGCCGGCGACUGAAGAAGAGGAAAACCUCCACCAAAAGGAACACGCUGAAUCCUGUUUACAACGAAGCCAUAGUCUUUGACGUCCCUCCCGAGAACAUUGACCAAAUCCACUUGUCCAUAGCAGUCAUGGACUACGACCGUGUAGGUCACAACGAGAUCAUCGGCGUGUGUCAAGUAGGCAACGAGGCUGAGAGGCUGGGCAGAGACCACUGGAGUGAAAUGCUGUCAUAUCCUCGGAAGCCCAUUGCACACUGGCAUUCCCUGAUGGAGAAACGAUGACCGUGGGUGAGAGGACUGCUUGUGCCAAGGACACAGUAGGACAAUCACCUUACAAAGAUUAUCAGUAACUUUUCCCAUCCAACAACACCCGGAUGACUCCAGUGACCAAAGGCUCAGCUGGGUUUGCUGAACCUGAAUGUCCAGCCACUUUCUUUGGGUGGCCCCAGGUGAUGCGCUAUGGAAGAAGCAUGUCUCUCAUGGCCGAGAACUGAGACUGGACUCUGGAAAAAACCAAGUGAUAUUGAGAGAGAGUGCCAAGAGUACCGGGACUCUUUGUGAUCAAUAUAAGGCCCUUGGUAAUGGAGAUGGAGCACUUGUCCUGGCAGUAGUCACUCUGACAUAAAGUUCCUUGCUCGAAUGCCCUGGAAUGACACAAUAGUUCAAAAUACACGCAGGUGCUAAAUAAGCAGCAGAUCUCAAUUCACACUCGACUACCUUUGAGCUAAUGACUGUCUCUAGAAUAUACCUUCACCCCAAGAGAGUGUUCCAGCUCUGCAGGGAAUAGUCCUAGGAGACUAGGACAGGUAGGCCGUUCCCCUAGAGAAAGUCUAGUGCCCGGAGGGCUAGUUCACAGCAAAUUCACUGCCCCCUUCCAUGCACAGGGCAGAGAAGACCAGUUGAUCAUGGCCCAUUUUUCUGCUAAAAUUCUGAGGACUCAGAAAUCCCAGCACUUUGUUUUAGGUAGGCUGCAGCCACUUUCUUUCAGCUGGUAUUAGAAGUAAAUGAAUUGUCAUCUCUGUUGGAGAGGCAUCCAUCUCAAUGGUAUAAGAGUUUAAAAUAUCCUUUUCCAGGCACGUUUACCCACUGUGGGAACAGCUGCAGAAACAGGUGCAGUGUUGUGUGAGGUGAGAUCUCGAGGAGGUAACACAGCCAUCCCCUAGGGGAAGGCACAGCUUUGGGGCCUUCCAGGCCCAAGUGCCUUCUGGGUACUUCCAUAUGCAGCAGCCCAGAGUCAUAGCCUUGGGCAGCCACAGACAGGUUUUUCUUCUUACUUCAGACAUAUACAUCAGUUUCACAGCACUUGGGGAAUGGAAAUACCUAUAAGAGUGAAGGUCAAGGGCUCUCCCCGGGUAUCUAUUCAUUACUCAGCAUCCUACAGGUUUAUGUCCACCCACCCAUGGCCAGCUCUGCACCUCAUCCUCAUUGCUUCUGUCUCCACAGAAACGAAACCAAAGGCCUCACGCGUACCCUGGGAGGGCCAGAGGCUGUUACCAGGUGGUGGUCUCUCUCCCAUUACAGGUACAAUGCACGUCAUCUGCACAUUCACACCACUACUCCAAAAUAACAUUCCCCUUCUCAUACAGUCUCUGCAGCAGAAUCCAGAGUUGAUCACCUUUCAGGAAAUCUGAAUCAAUUAACAUUUCAAAGUGGGACUAACUGAGUGGAAGCAGAAAAGUUCUUGUUGCCUCAGAUGCCUAGUACAAGUACAAGGAACUGACCUAAGGCAAGAUCUGAAAAGGGUGGAGGCCUUUGGUAUGUGAGGCAGUGGUAUUACACUGAAGCAUCACUGUUCCCCAGCCUGCCUGAUCCAGCUCCAUCUUGAUUGGCUUUCGAUUGGCUGGGAUUCAUAGGGAAUCCAGGCUUUUGCCUAGGUCUGGUGACAUGAGAAAAAUUCAACUUUCUUUGCCCAAGGUCCUCCUUGCCCAUCCCUCCCCAUUGUGACAUCCUCUGCCAUGCCAAUGUUCAGAAGCAAAGUGUGAAGUGCUAGUGGCAGCAGGAGAGUGAGCAGAAACAGUGUCUCCAGAGCCAGGCUGAGGGGCCCUGAAGAACGGUCCCAGAGAAACCAGACUGGCUCCAGCAGAUACCAGGCAGCCAUCCUGAUUCACUUUGACUGGUCCUUGGCAAUGGCAGCCUGGGUUGGAGAUCCUGAGGCAGCUGUGCCUGUUGUUUCCCACCCCAGGAUCUCCCUGCCCCCAAAACUCACAGCCCUGGGGUACUAACAAACCUCUUAUUGGCUUGUUGGUACGAAACAGAAGGUGGCUUUGUUGGAAGCGAGUAGGCAAAGGGGACUGCCCACAUGGCAGGCAGGUGUCUUUGUGUCUGGAGAGCUCUGCCUAGCCAGUCUAGCUAUGGCCAGGGGAUGGUCAUAAAUUUGAAAUCCUUCAGUCUGUUUGCAACU